AUGGCAGUCGGCACGACGGUAGCGACGGGGGCGAGCAGCAGCAUAGCGCACCUUCUCAACCCAAACAGAAAGUGGUACAACAACCGGCGACUCAUUACUCUACAUGCAUGGAUCGUCCUCUUCAUCAUCAUAUCGUCUGCGAACGGGUUUGACGGGAGUCUGAUGAACAACUUCCAAUCGUUGUAUCAAUGGGAGGACUACUUUAACCACCCAUCUGGAUCUCUAUUGGGCGCUCUCAGUGCUAUGCAGAAUAUAGGGUCGCUUGCGGCGUAUCCGUUCGCACCAUACCUCUCUGACGGAAUUGGGAGGCGUGCAACUAUCUUCGUUGGCGCUAUCUUCACUCUCAUCGGAGUCGCCAUCCAGUCUGCUGCCUACAAUAUCGGCAUGUUUCUCAUCGGUUUUGGUGUCUGCUUCGCCACCAAUGCCGCACCAAUGCUCGUCACCGAAAUCUCAUAUCCGACCUACCGUGCGCCUCUGACGUCCGUGUACAACUCUCUUUGGUACUCGGGGAACGUGAUCGCAUCUUGGACAACAUACGGCACGGCGUACAUACCCAAUCAGUGGUCGUGGCGUAUCCCGUCGAUCAUUCAGGGUAUACCGUCGAUCAUCCAGUUCUUCUUGAUCUUCUUGGCUCCAGAGAGUCCUAGGUGGCUCAUAACCAAGGGAAGGGAGGCAGAAGGCCUGAGGAUUCUUGCCUACUACCACGCUGACGGCGAUGAGCAAGAUCCACUUGUACAAUUCGAAUUCGAGGAAAUCAGGGCCGCCAUUGCAAUUGAUCGCGAAAUGAACAAGGAUGUCGGUUGGCUGACGCUCUUCAAGACCCCCGGAAACAGGCGGCGGAUCAUCAUCGCUGUUGCAAUUGGCUGGUUCUCGCAAUGGUCUGGUAACGGCCUCGUGUCGUACUAUCUGAACAAGGUUUUCGACACCAUCGGGAUUACCAGCACGACCACGCAGCUGCUCAUCACUGGCAUCCUCGCUAUCUGGAACUUGGUCAUCUCAAUCGGCGCCUCGUUUCUGUGCGACAGAGCUGGACGCCGACCCCUCUUCCUGUGGGCAACAGGAGGAAGCUUGGUCUUCUUCAUCCUGCAAACUAUCUGCUCAGCGCAGUACGCGGUCCACGAGCAGCCGGCUGCCGCGCACGCCGUCAUCGCGUUUAUAUUCCUAUACUACCUGUUCUACGACCUUGCUUACACGCCUCUAAUAGUAACCUAUACUGUCGAGAUUAUGCCGAACUCGCUCCGAGCGAAGGGACUUACUGUAUACAGCGUCGGUGUUUCGCUCGCCCUGAUCUUCAACCAGUAUGUCAACCCGGUUGCCCUCCAAAGGCUGGCCUGGAAAUACUACAUCUUCUACUGCUGUUGGAUCGCCUUCGAGUUCGUGUUCCUCUACUUCAUGCUCGUGGAGACGAAGAACCGCACCCUGGAAGAAACCGCGGCCUUGUUCGACCACAAAGACCUGGCCAAGGAAGUGGCCCAGGCUAUCGAAGGCCCUUCGGACGAGGGAGACAACAAAGAGCCCGUGUCCGAGAAAGCGUCGGAAACGGCAAUAGAGGAGGUCUUCACCACCUAA